UCCGGGAAGUUCACGCCGGGCAGGGGCGGCUGACAGGCGUCCCGCAGCCCGCAGCCCGGAGCUCCGAACCGGGGCACGGAGGGCGCAGUCCCUGUGCUUUAGCUACUCCCCUUACCGUUAGAAGAUCUGGGAGGGAGGAAAGGAGGAGAGAGACACCCCAGACUCCUGGCAGCCAAGCCCCUGGCUUCGAAGCGGAGACGCUGUUGGGGGAGUAGCGGUCCGAGCGGAACGUGGGUUGGACGUUGCAUCCCGGUGGUGGGAAGCUCAAGGCUGGACCAGGAGUUCGGAUCGACCUGGUACGGAGACGGGGCGUGCCCGGGACAGGGAUCAUUGAAAAAUCCUUAGUGGUAUUGACAUGUCUCAAGUGACAUAAAUUAGCCAAUGACUCGGAAUGAUGGAUUCUCCGAAGAUUGGAAAUGGUUUGCCAGUGAUUGGACCAGGGACUGAUAUAGGGAUAUCUUCACUCCACAUGGUGGGGUAUUUGGGAAAAAAUUAUGAUCCAUCAAAAGUUCCAUCAGAUGGUUAUUGCCCUGCUUGUAGAGAGAAGGGAAAGUUAAAAGCCUUAAAGACUUAUCGAAUUAGUUUUCAAGAAUCAAUCUUUUUGUGUGAGGAUUUGCAGUGCAUCUAUCCUUUGGGCUUUAAGUCACUUAAUAACUUAAUUUCUCCGGGUUCGGAAGAUUGUCACACUCCAAAUAAACCUCACAAAAGAAAGCUCUUGGAAACCAGCUAUAAUGAUGCACCUGUUUUAGCAAAUUCCAAAAAGACUAGACAUCAUAUUAUUGAUGGUGAGCCAAUUUUGGACAGCAAAUAUAAUGGAGAAGUAUAUAAUGAAACCUCAUCAAAGUGUUCUGAUGGUAGUACUCAACAGCAUCCAAUUGGGACAGCUUAUUCCUUGGAGCAGAAUAAGGUUUUGGAAGCUGGUAUUGUUGACAUGGCUACUAAAGACGAUCCUAGUACAGUUGACAUCUCUGGAGUUGGGCAAACUUCCCCUCAAAAUGAAGGAGGCACAUCUGAACUGGAAAUACCAUUGGAAAGCAAGUGUACAUCGUCUCAGCGGACUUUUUAUGUUCAGUGGAAAAAUGCUCAUGCUCUCUGUUGGCUAGACUGUAUUCUUUCAGCUUUGGUACACUUGGAAGGAUUAAAGAACACUGUGACUGAACUGUGUUCUAAGGAGGAAUCUGUUUUCUGGCAGUUGUUUACAAAAUACAAUCAAGCGAAUAAGCUUCUGUCUGCCACUCAAUUGGAUGAAAUUAAAGGUGGAGAUUAUAAAAAACUUCCUUCCAAAAUACUUGCAGAGAUCGAGACCUGUCUGAAUGAAGUCAGAGCUGAAAUUUUUAGUAGACUUCAGCCCCUGCUCAGAUGCACAUUAGGUGACAUGGAAAGCCCUGUGUUCGCAUUUCCCCUGCUCUUAAAACUAGAGCCCCACAUUGAAAAGCUCUUCACAUAUUCUUUUUCCUGGGACUUUGAAUGUUCCCAGUGUGGACACCAGUAUCAACACAGGUGUACGAAGAGUCUGGUCACUUUUACAAAUGUCAUCCCUGAGUGGCACCCUCUUAAUGCUGCCCAUUUCGGUCCUUGUAACAAUUGCAACAAUAAAUCACAAAUAAGAAAAAUGGUAUUAGAAAAAUCUCGGCCUGCUAAUUCUUCAUCAUCUUGGAAGUCUUCUGCCGUCCUCAAGCAGAUGUGUUUUGAUUGCAUUUUGCCAGCUUUUUUGUUUUUCCACAGUGGAAUAGUUGGUCAGAAUUAUCUUUUCUGGUGUCACCAAAAGUCCUGUCUUUUUAAACUUCUCGGAGUGUCUCCCAUAUUCAUGGUGCACUUUGUAGAAGGCUUGCCACAGAAGGACUUGCAGCGCUAUGCAUUUCAUUUGGAAGGAUGUCUUUAUGAAAUAAAGUCUAUAAUUCAGUACCAAGCAAGUAAUCAUUUUAUAACCUGGAUUUUAGAUGCUGAUGGAAGUUGGCUGGAAUGUGAUGACUUAAAAGGCCUGUGUUCUGAAAGGCAUGAAGAAUUUGAAAUUCCUGCUUCAGAGAUCCAUAUCGUUAUUUGGGAAAGAAAAACAUCCCAAGUGACAGAUAAAGAAGGUGCUCGCCUUCUGCUUGAAAAACCCAGCGAUGAGCACGCUUCUGGUGCUGAGCAGCCGGCGUCUCCAGCGCUGUGUCCUGGGCGUGCGGCCCCCUCAGCUGGCGCGGCCUCCGUGACUCACCCUGCAGGUAGAUCAGUCGCUCUUCCACCAGGCGAUGCCGUGGCUCCUGGGGAUCAUUUUCUCCCAGAACCAAAAGAUUGGGUUGCCAAUAAGGUUUUACCUUUGACACUUAAAGAAACUGUCCAGGAAACCGCCUCUGUUGUCCAAGUGAACUCUCAGUCUUUCCCAAACUUAGAAAAUAAGCCUGUAGCAGAAAAUACAGGAAUUGUCGAAACCAGAGCUUUACCAUCACAAGACUCACUAACGGCUUCUUCGGUAUCAGAUCCAUGUAAAGAAAAACAAGUUCAAGACCAGUGUGUAGGUUUAGGCGUUCCAUCUCAAGUUGUAAAUACAAACAUGCCGUCAGUGCAGCCGAAUACGGGAGACAGCGGCAGUUCUAAAUCUGUGAGUGACAGUCACGCUGCAGUCCUUACACAGGGAGUGGAGGCAACAGAAAUGGAGACGAGCGCUCAGUUCAAACAGUCCUUUCCACAAAAAUUGGAGGAAUUAAAAUCAGAACAACACACUACAUCUCAGCUUUCUAAUUUGGAGGAGAAAAAGCCUGCAGCAGAACCCCAGACCUUCACAGUGAAGUCACUACAGAGUCAGUGUCUGAAAGAAAAUCAGAAGAAACCAUUUGUGGGAAGUUGGGUUAAAGGCUUAUUAAGCAGGGGGGCUUCUUUCAUGCCACUCUGUGUUUCAGCUUGCAAUAGAGACACUGUUCUGCAUUCAGUCGUUACAAGGGCAAAUAGUGUAGAUGGCUUUAAAGGUAAAGGUAGAAACCAAAAGGGUAAGCAGGUAUCCAAGAAAUCUCGGAGGCACGCAGGUAAGCCACUUCCGGUCCAGAGUCCCCCACCAGCUUGUCCACCUGCUGGCACGGCCGCUCCUCCACCAGCUAGCAAAACCGCAGCUCCAGCUCCUCCACCGGCUCACACGGCUGCUCCACCUGCUAGAAUUGCUGCUCCCGCUUCGAGUGCUGCCUCAGAAGGUUUGAAGAAGUGUGAAAACACCUCCUAUAGAGCUCACCUCAGCCACAGUCCUCUUUCUUCAGCAAAACAUGGAGACUCAGUUGAAGGUCAGAUCCAUAAACUUCGACUAAAACUUCUUAAAAAACUAAAAGCCAAAAAGAAGAAAUUAGCUACCCUGAAGUCUUCCCCCCAAAAUGGAACACUUGCAAGUGAACAUUUAGAGCAAGUGUCCCAGUGUGAGUCUCCAAAUGACUGUGACUCGUUAGAAGACUUGUUAAAUGAGCUGCAGUUUCAGAUUGAUAUUGCAGAUAAGCAACCUGGGUGCACUCCUGUUUCUGAUGUUUCCUCAUACAGUGGUCAGACUCAUGAAGACAUUUUAGCAGAACUGUUGUCUCCUACAAACACUGUUUCAACAGAGCUCUCAGACAAUGGAGAUGUUGACUUUGGAUACUUGGAAAUGGGAGAUAACUGUAUUCCAGCACCAGUACCUAGUGAGUUAAAUGAUAUUCCCCAAAACACACAUCUGCGACAGGACCAUAAUUAUUGCAGCCCCAGCAAGAAAAAUCAAUGUGAAGUUCAGCCAGACUUAGCAACAAGUAAUGCCUGCAUUAAAACGUUAAGCUUGGAGAGUCCCGUGAAGACUGAUAUUUUCGAUGAGUUUUUUUCCACUUCAGCAUUAAAUCCUUUAGUUAAUGACACACUAGACUUACCUCAUUUUGACGAGUACCUGUUUGAGAAUUUUUAAAUGCUUAAUUCUUUUCAGUUUAAUAUUUAUUAUUGCACUUAGAAAAAAACGUGUUUUCAGGUAGUGUUCAUACACUGGCCUUAUGUAAUAACCAUGAACAAAAUGUAAGCUCCUGGAGGGUUGUCUUCCUUCUGGUUCUGCCUGUGAAGCAUGGACUCCGUUUUACAAAUUAAAUUGAUCAGGAAUGUA